AUGUUUUCCUAGAGAUGUCAGCCUACAAAGGACACAAUCUCUCUUCUUCAAAUUCCUCCCCAAAAUGUCCUUUCCCAACAGCUCUCCUGCUGCUAAUACUUUUUUAGUAGAUUCCUUGAUCAGUGCCUGCAGGAGUGACAGUUUUUAUUCGAGCAGCGCCAGCAUGUACAUGCCACCACCUAGCGCAGACAUGGGGACCUAUGGAAUGCAAACCUGUGGACUGCUCCCGUCUCUGGCCAAAAGAGAAGUGAACCACCAAAAUAUGGGUAUGAAUGUGCAUCCUUAUAUACCUCAAGUAGACAGUUGGACAGACCCGAACAGAUCUUGUCGAAUAGAGCAACCUGUUACACAGCAAGUCCCCACUUGCUCUUUCACCACCAACAUUAAAGAAGAAUCCAAUUGCUGCAUGUAUUCUGAUAAGCGCAACAAACUCAUUUCUGCCGAGGUCCCUUCGUACCAGAGGCUGGUCCCCGAGUCCUGUCCCGUUGAGAACCCCGAGGUUCCUGUCCCUGGAUAUUUUAGACUGAGUCAGACCUACGCCACCGGGAAAACCCAAGAGUACAAUAACAGCCCCGAAGGCAGCUCCACUGUCAUGCUCCAGCUCAACCCUCGUGGCGCGGCCAAGCCGCAGCUCUCCGCUGCCCAGCUGCAGAUGGAAAAGAAGAUGAAUGAAAACGUGAGCGGCCAGGAGUCCACCAAAGUCUCCCAGGUGGAGAGCCCUGAGGCCAAAGGCGGCCUUCCCGAAGAGAGGAGCUGCCUGGCUGAGGUCUCCGUGUCCAGUCCCGAAGUGCAGGAGAAGGAAAGCAAAGAGGAAAUCAAGUCUGAUACUCCAACCAGCAAUUGGCUUACUGCAAAGAGUGGCAGAAAGAAGAGGUGCCCUUACACUAAGCACCAAACGCUGGAAUUAGAAAAAGAGUUCUUGUUCAAUAUGUACCUCACCCGCGAGCGCCGCCUAGAGAUCAGUAAGAGCGUUAACCUCACCGACAGGCAGGUCAAGAUUUGGUUUCAAAACCGCCGAAUGAAACUCAAGAAGAUGAGCCGAGAGAACCGGAUCCGAGAACUGACCGCCAACCUCACCUUUUCUUAGGUCGGAGGCCGGUGGGAGGCCAGGAUCAGAGAGGGGCACCGCGUUCCAGAGCCCAGUGCUGGAGGACUGGGAAGGUGGAAACAAAACCUUCAUUGCUCUUUGUUUUUUUGUUUUUGUUUUGUUUUGUUUUCCUGCUAGAAUGUGACUUUGGGGUCAUUCUGUUCGUGCUGCAAGUGAUCUGUAAUCCCUGAGUAUAUAUAUAUAUAUAUAUAUAUUAAAAAAACUUACCACGUGUAAUUUAUUAUUUUUUCAUCAUAAUGCAGGGUAACUAUUACUGCACAUUUUCAUUUGGGUCUUAACUUAUUGGAACUGUAGAGCAUCCAUCUAACCAUCCAUCCAUCCAUCCAUCCAUCCAGCAAUGUGACCUUUUUCAUGUUUUUUUUUUCUAACACAAAAGUUCUCUGUGUGUGGUUAAUCAUGAACUAAUGACAUUUUGAAAACAUCCAGUACUUUUUAAAUUACACACAUAUAUAUAUAUAUUUAAAAAAGAUUAAGAAAACCCACAAGCUUUGGGGGGAGGGGACUUAAAAAGCACAUUACAAUGUAUCUUUUCACAAAUGAAUUUAGCAGUUGUCCUUGGUGAGAUGGAAUAUUGACAACUUAUGCCUUGUAGCCUUUCCCUUGUGGUGCAUCUGUGGUUUGGUAGAAGUACAACAGCAACCUGUCCUUUCUGUGCAUGUUCUGGUAGCAUGUAUAAUGCAAUAAAUUCUGGAAA